AUGUCAUUCAAAGUUGAUUGGAAUUUACUAGAAACGCAAUCAAUGUCUGAAUGGACCAAAGAGUUAUUAACUGAAGCAUUGAAUUCAGGUAAAAGACCUAAUAUUCUUGCUUCUAAUAUUGAAAUUAAAGAUCUUAAUUUCGGUAAAAUACCUCCAGAUUUUGAAAUCUUGGAAAUAGGUGAAUUGGAGAAAGAUAGAUUUAGAGGAAUUUUUAAGAUCAAUUAUUCCGGAGAUUCUUCAAUAACCUUGCAUACCAAAGUUCAAGCUAACCCUUUAAAGAUUUAUCAUGAUAAUUUAGUUGAAUUAGAAAAUGAUAUUGGGGGAUCAUCAAAUUUCGUGACACCUAAUUUCUUAUUAUCUAAUAAUGAAUUUUCAAUACCUUUAGAUUUAAAGUUAAGUGAUAUCAAAAUCAAUGCCAUUGGAAUAAUUGUUUUCUCUAAAACAAAAGGUUUAACAUUGGUUUUCCGUAAUGAUCCUUUGGAUUCAAUUAAAGUAAGUUCAACUUUUGAUAUGGUACAAGUAUUGGCAAAUUUCUUACAAAAACAAAUUGAAAGUCAAAUCAGAGAACUUUUCAGGGAAACUUUACCUACAGUUUUACAUAAAUUAUCAUUAAAAUACAUCACUCUAAACAAUGAAUUUGACACUAAUUUAUUACAAAAACUUGAAAAAAGUAUCAAUGAAGAAGAAGAAAUUGUUUUAUUCGAUUUAAAUAACGAAUUUAACAAUUAUUCAAUGAAAAAUUUACAACAUAAUUUGAAAUUAUUCAAUUCUAGAGAAACUCUUGAAUUGAAAGUUCCAAAAUUCAAGAAAAUCAUACAACGUAGUAAUUUAGAUAAAUUUAAUAAGAAUUUAUCACCUAACUUAUUAACAUCAUUAAACUUAUUAAAUGAUUAUAAACUUGAAAACAACAAUUCCAAUGGUAUACCUAUUAACUUGUUGGUUAAUAAAGAUUAUAAUAAUGUGAAAGAAAUCAUCAAGAAUAUCUCAAAUAUCCAAACCAAUAAUUAUUAUAAAACCACCAAUAAUAAUAAUAAUGGUAUUGAAUUAAAACCUAAAAGAAGAGUUAUCAAAUUAGGUAAGAAGAAUAUCGAAAAACCUGAAAAGACGGAAAAAUCAUCACCAAUGUUGGUUUCAAAAGCUUCAUCAAUGAAUACUUCAAUGAGUAGAUAUAAGAAAGUUGAAGAUAAUGAUUCUGAAGAUAAUACAUUAAUUGAAGAAACUAAUGAAAUCCAACAACCAAAACCUUUAAGGUCUACAGAUAUUUCACCUCAGAACACUAUUUUAGAAUCAAAUGAUGUCAAAGAUUAUCAUCCACAUUCUCAUUUAUACAGAAAUUUCAGUAAUUCUCCCCUUAAUAAUUCAAUAACAGGUGUUGGUAUCGGAAACAACUAUUUCAAUUUCAAUAAUAAAGAUACUAUGUCUGAAUUAGAAGACAGUAAACAAGAAUUCAAUGAUAAAAUCAAUAAACUUUAUCAAUCCAAGAUCAAUGAAUUAAAUGAGAAAUUUAAAGUACAACCUUCAUUCACUUUAACUAAUGAUACUUAUUUGGAUUUCAAAACAAUUAAAAAUCGAUUAAAUGACUUGAGUAAAUUGGAAGAUAAAAGUUAUUUCGAUAUCCCACCUCCAUAUCAAAUGUAA